AUGUUGAAGUACACUAUGAAGAAAUAUUGUGCGGAGGGGAGCAAAUUCAACCAAAUUAUUAUUGCGUGCUUGAUGGUCCUACCAGUAUUCUCAUAUGGCACGGCAAUUGGCUGGAUCUCUCCCAUGGGUCCCCGUCUGAUGUCUGAGGACACGCCAGCAGCAGCCCCAGUGCAUCCAGACACCAUAUCCUGGAUGGCAUCAGUCGUCUACCUGGUUGGAACACCCACCGUGUUCCUAUUCGGAUACAUUGUGGACAACUAUGGAAGGAAAAAGGCGUUGAUGCUGACUUCGUUUUCUAUGGCUGCUUGCUGGGGUCUCAAACUGUACUCAACGGAGACUUGGGCCCUCAUAACAGCUAGAGCAAUCGUGGGACUUGGAGUCAGUGGCUCCUACGUCGUCACACCUUUAUACAUCAAGGAGAUCAGUGAGGACACCAUCAGAGGAACUCUUGGCAGCUUAGUGGUUCUCUCACAGAACCUGGGCAAUCUGUUUGCGUAUGUCAUGGGAGAGUACUUGAGCUACCAUGCAAUGCUCUGGGUGUGUCUUAUUGUGCCCAUCCUGCAUUUGGUUCUGUUCAUCGCUAUGCCCGAGACGCCAUCGUAUCUGCUGAAGAGCGGGAAAGUUGAGGAAGCUAGGGACGCGCUAGCCUGGCUCAGGUGCCGGGCGCCAUCCGAGCCCGCAGUGGACAACGAGCUGCAGAACUUACUACUCGAGCUGGAACAAAGCAAGUCGGGCAAGAUGAGCGCUGCACUCAAGACUCUUGUGACUGACCGCAGUACCUUCAGAGCGUUCCGCAUAGUGCUCAUCAUCACGGUAGCUCGGGAGUUGUGUGGCUGUCUAGCUGUGUUACACUUCGCAUCCCUCAUCUUCAGCAAGGCCAGUGCUGGCUGCCUGCUCACUGCUAACCAACAGGCUGCUAUACUGGGUCUCGUCCAGUUUGUGGGAUCCUGCACCGCGUCCAGCUUGGUGGAAAGGACUGGGAGGAAGCCACUUCUCGGCACAACAUGUCUGGUCUCCGGCAUAGCGAUGUGUGCUCUCGGCGCAUGGUUCUACGCUCACAUCGGCGCAGAUACUGAGACCGCAUCCUGGCUGCCGAUAGUCGCACUGUGUUUGUGCAUAUACUGUGACGCAGCUGGCCUACAACCCGUGCCGUUUGUGAUUAUGACUGAGAUGUUUUCAUUCCAGCUCCGUGGCACAGUGACAGCGAUAGUAAUCGCGUUCGCUUGCGGUCUGAUGUCAGUGGAACUACGAGUGUUCCACCCGAUCGCAUCAUCAGUCGGCCUCUACCUCAUCUUCUGGCUGUUCUCAGGAGUUUGCCUGAUCAGCACAGUGUACAUCGCAUGCGUAGUCCCAGAAACUAAGAUGAGGUCCCUAGAUGAAAUCUACGCGGAAAUCGGAGGGAAGGACACCAAAGUGAAAAACAAAGAAAAAGACUGUGAAGCUGACGUUACAAAGCUGUAG